UUGGCAUUUCGAGAAGAACAAGAAUCAAAGCCUCCCUUCCAUCACACGGGGUCCCCCAAAGCCACUUCCCUAGAUUUUAUGCAAACCAUGGAUCAAUUACAUCAAGCGCAAGUACUAGCUGGGAAGAAGAAAGAAGCUGUCAAAACCAAGAAGCCCUCCAUGGGCCGCUCGAGGAAGGGCUGCAUGAGGGGCAAGGGCGGCCCCGAGAACGCGCUCUGCACCUACCGGGGCGUCCGGCAGCGGACGUGGGGCAAGUGGGUGGCCGAGAUCCGCGAGCCGAACCGUGGCGCGAGGCUCUGGCUCGGCACCUUCAACACCUCCCUCGAGGCGGCCCUCGCCUACGACAAGGCUGCGAGGAAGCUCUACGGGCCCUCCGCGAGGCUCAACUUGCCCGCAACAAUGACCACCGUCACGACACCGAUUGACAGCAGUGACAAUAGCAGCAACUUCUCGUCGACUGGUUCCAGCAAUAGUUGUAUAUGCGAGCAGGCAGCGAAGAGCGAAGCGGUUGAUGUUAAUAGUCGUGACCCUUUUAUCAUGAGGGAUGACACUUCUAAUGAUACGACAGGAGAUGCUAAUUACAAUUAUGUGGAUUGGUCAGGGGAGGAUUUGGUGGUGCCUGACAUGGUGAAUGAAGAUCAAGGCGAUUACAAGUGCUGGCCAGAGUUCUCAUUUGGGAGUGAUUAUCUUGAGAUGAGUGAUCUAGGGUUUGGUGGUCAUGAGGAGCUGUGGUUGCUGAACGGUGGUCAAGAGACUACAGAUUGGGAGGGCUUGCAAGUUCCAUGGAAUUUGUAUGCUUGAUGUGUGGUUCACUAUCUCUCUAAAAGAAAACUUGGGUUUUGGUUUAUAGAGGAGUACAGGAGGAGGAAGAAGAAGCAAAGCUAAGAACCAUGGUAAUUUUGGUUCUUUGGGAACAUUUUUCUUUCCUUUUUUCCUUUUUAAAAUGAGAACCCCUUUAGGUUGUAUAAACUAGUUGGGUUUUACGUUUUUUUAUUAUCUUUUAUUUCUUUUUUUCCGCCCUUUGAUGGGGUGAUGUAAGGACUAGGAAACUAGGAUAGGAGUGAAAGUGGUCUGUUUUGUGUUUUCUUUAUAUAAGCAUAGAAAGGUCCUUUGAGGCUCUAUUUGCCUUUUUGGGCUCUUUCAAUG